AUGGAGGAAACCACCAGAGAGAGCUUCUUCUUCUCUCAACCCAAUCUUCCUCUUGAAAUGAUGGAAGAGAUUCUCUUAAGACUACCCGUAAAGUCACUAUCACGAUUCAAAUGCGUUUGCGUCUCGUGGAGAUCGUUAAUCUCAGAGUCUCUGUUUACUCUUAAACACGCUUUGCUCUUGGAAACCUCAAAGGCAACCACUUGUAAGAAGAGCCCAUUCGGAGUCAUCACGACGUCACGGUACCAUCUCAAAUCUUGCUGCGUCCACUCUCUGUACAAUGACUCAACGGCCAACGUUUUUGAGCAUGACGGUGAGCUUUUAGGCAGAGAUUACUACCAAGUCGUGGGGACUUGUCAUGGCCUGAUCUGUUUCCAUGUUGAUUACAGCAAGAGCCUCUACUUGUGGAACCCGACCGUCAAGCUUCAAGAAAGAUUGUCUGGUUCGGAUCUCGAAACGAGCGAUGAGGUUGUUGUAACCUAUGGGUUUGGUUAUGAUGCAUCUGGAGAUGACUAUAAAGUGGUUGCAUUGUUGCAAGAAAGGCAACGAUUGAAGACAGAGGCAAAGAUCUAUUCAACGAGACAAAAGCUAUGGAGAAACACUUGUUUCCCAUCUGGUUUUAUUGUUGCUGACAAAUCAAGAUCCGGAAUCUACAUCAACGGGACUCUUAACUGGGCAGUCACUCAUCCAUCAUCAUCAUCUUCGUUAACACCAUCAUUAGCAACUAUCAUAUCGUAUGAUAUGUCAAGAGAUGUGUUCAAGGAGAUUCUUGGACCAGUUUGUUGCAAGAGAGGAUGUUUUACAAUGACGCUUGGAGAUUUGAGAGGGUCUCUUUCGAUGGUUUGUUAUUGCAAAGGAGCAAAUGCUGAUGUUUGGGUGAUGAAGGAGUUUGGAGAAGAAGAAUCAUCAUGGUCUAAACUCUUGACCAUUCCCGGUUUGACUGAGUUUGUUAGACCGGUAUGGAUCUCAAACGAUUUGGUGGUUUUGUUGGAGUUUAGAUCCGGUUUAGCUCUCUAUAACUGUGCCAAUGGAAGGUAUCAGUACCCUGUUUCAGACAGUUUGAUUGGUUGUCGUGACGCUAAAGUUUAUGUCAAGACAAUGGUUUCUCCAAAUGGUCUUUGA